GGCGGGGGCGGGGCGGGCGCGGGGGCGGCGGGCGGCACCGGGCGGGAUGGCGGCCCCGGGGCUGGAGCGGCACCGGCUGGCGCUGCUGGCGGCCAAGGAGGACGUGGGCAACCCCCGGGCCGGGACCAACUGGGCUGUCUUUGCCUACGAGAAGCACCAUGACCUUAAGCUCCUGGACUCCGGAGCCGGGGGUCCGGAUGAGCUGGCCGGGAAAUUCUCUGCCACCAGCAUCAUGUACGGGCUGUGCCGCAUCCCAGACCCCAGCACCGGGGCUCACCGCGUCGUCCUCAUCAGCUGGGUCGGGGAGAAGGUACCGGAGUCCCAGCGUGAGGCGUGUGCCGGGCAUCUGCCCGCCAUCAGAGCCUUCUUUAGGGAGGCCAGCGUGGUGCUGAGUGCCCGCCGUGCCGAGGAGGUGACGCAGGAGGGGCUGAGCCGGGCGCUGGCACAGCUCGCCCCCGCUGCCGCCCUCACCAGGAGGGUGCCCCCCCCGGAUGCCCAGGAGCUGGUGGGCACCAACUACCGCAAGACCAACCCAGCACUGGAGAUCCGCCGGACCAAGCGGGACUCCUUCUGGGCCCAGGCUGAGCGCGAGGAGGAGCAGCGCAAGGAGGAGGAGCGGCGGCGGGCGCUGGAGGAGCGCAAGCGCUGGGAGCGGGAGCGGAUGGAGGAGGAGAGGCGGGAGGCGGCCGAGCGCGAGCUCCGCUUCAGGGAGAAGGAGCGGAUGAUCGAGGAGCAGCGGAAGGAGCAGGCACGGCUGGAGGCAGAGGAGCGGAGGAAGGAGAAGGCGCGAUGGGAGCAGCAGCAGCGGGAGCACGAGGAGGCCAUGCGGGACCGCAGCCGCCGCAGCGAGUCCAUCGAGAAGGCGGCCGAGGCAGCCGUCCUGGUGUCCCAGCGUUCGCAGAACCCGCGGGAUUUCUUCCGGCAGCGGGAGCGCUCGGGGUCCACCUCUGGUGCCCCACUGCCCCCCUCCAGCCCUGGCACCAGGCCUGGUGCCUGGCGGCCAUUCCUGCGGUACCAGCGCAGCCUGACGGAGUCAGCCUUCAUCUUCCGCCGGCCAGACCCUCCGCCUUCACCCGAACCCCUCCAACCUGGGCUGUUCAGGGCUGCACCCCCACCCAGCCCCCGCCGACCCCAGCCUCCCCUCCCCACCAGCCCCACGAGGAGGUGGACCCCUCCCUCUGCCACUCUGGGGAGCCCCCCCAGCCCUGUGGGCACAGGGACCCCUCAGUGUGCCACCACCAGGACCCCCACCAGCCCCACAGGGAGGGGGACCCCUCCCUGUGCCACUCUGGGGAGCCCCCCCAGCCCUGUGGGCACAGGGACCCCUCAGUGUGCCACAACUGGGACCCCCACCAGCCCCACAGGGAGGGGGACCCCUCCCUGUGCCACUCUGGGGAGCCCCCCCAGCCCUGUGGGCACAGGGACCCCUCAGUGUGCCACAACUGGGACCCCCACCAGCCCCACAGGGAGGGGGACCCCUCCCUCUGCCACCCUGGGGAGCCCCCCCAGCCCCGUGGGGACAGGGACCCCUCAGUGUGCCACCACUGGGACCCCCACCAGCCUCAUGGGGAGGGGGACUCCUCCCUCUGCCACCUCAGGGAGCCCCCCCAGCCCAGCCAGGGCAGGGCCCCCCCAUGCCACCAGCCCCAUAGGGACAAGGCCCCUUCCCUGUGCCACCCUGGGGAGCCCCCCCAGCCCUGUGGGGGCAGGGGUCUCCAUGCUGGCCAGCUCCAUAGGGACAGCCCCCUCCCCUUUCUGUGCCACCUGGGCCCCCCCCAGCCUGGUGGGGUCAGGGGCAGGGUCCCCCCCUGAUGUGCCUGGGACAGGGCCCCUGCCCUCCAUGAGCCCCCCCAGGAUGGGGUGCCCCCCUGGGUCAGGGUCCCCUGACAGCACUUGUGGGGCAGAGCCCCUGCCCCUCCACAGCAGUCCCAGGAUGGGGCACCCCGGCAGCCCCCCCUGGCACCCCUCAUUGGGCACCGAGGAGGUUGUGAGCCUGCCACCCCCCAGCCCCCCUGGCACCCCCCAGGAUGAGGACGGGACACCCCUGGACACCUACCCCCUCCCCAGCCCUCCAGCAUGGGUGUCUCCGGGGCUGCCGGUGGGGCCAGGUGAGGGGGUCCUGAGCUCUCGGGAGGGGUCCCCCCUGCCUGGGCUGGUGCCUGCCCCAGUGCCCCCAGCCAGUACCCCCCAGUGCAGCCCCAGCCCCCCCAACCUGCCACAGGAUCUGGCCCUUCCCCACGUGGCAGCCCAGGGACCCCAGCCAGGGCCUGUGGGGCAGGAGCCGGCCCGGGGUGACUUGGGGCACAACGGCAUCGGGGGCCACAAGCAGGGGGGCUGGCUGGCCCCCUGGGACCAGGACCACCCCCCAGGGGAGGGGGACGAGCCCAGCGACAGCACCUUCCUGCCACAGCCCCUGCACAAAGCCAAGCCAGGCUUCGCCCUGCUGCUGGCCCGUGACGCCCCCCACCCGCAGCUGCCCAGGGGCACCAGCCCCACCGCCGAGGAUGAGGACCUCUCCCCCCACGCCGUGUAGCUGGGGGGGGGCCCAGCAGCCCUUCGAGGGGGGCAGCCGUGCGGCACCUCGGCUGCCAGCCCUGUUCCCCACCCGGACACCCCUGCACCACACACUGCAGACCCUUACCACGGCCCCCCCACCACAGCCCAUCCCCCCCGCUCACCCCCAUCCCCGAGGCUGCAGCUGCAGCCCCCCCACACCUCCCCAUUUACACCCCAAUAAGCAGCUUCGGGAGGGAGGCGGCACCCCUCAGUCCCUGACCCACCUGUGGUGCACGGGGCGGUGGGGGGGGCACGGACCCCCACCCCAGGGAGGCCAGGCCAGGCAGAGGGACCCCCUGCCGCCACCCCACUCAGACACAGUGGCUGUUAAAUAAAUUUUAAUGCAUAUUAA